GAUGUGAUAAAAGUUGACAGAAAACAGCCUGCACUGUGCCUUAUUAACCCUGUCUUCCCAUGACGCAGACACCGACUGCAGGGCAAAACCUGGAAGCUUUUCAAUGAGAUGGAUAUCGCAUGGUCCCUCUCAUCCGGGCUGACACAAGACACAGACCAUAGUCUAUCUUGGUAAAGGACAUUACUGCAGGAAGAGCUCACAAGUGUUUCCUGUCUUGCCAAGAUGGAGUGUAAUCUGUGUAAGUGGCUAAAGGAGAAGAGAGGGUCUCGCCAGGUGGUCCUUGUGGUGGUGUCUGUGGGCCUGCUCCUGGACAACAUGCUGUUCACAGUUGUAGUGCCCAUCAUUCCAAGCUUUUUGUAUGAGAAGGAAUACAUGAAUGGAAAUACAUCGAUAGUCCAAGUCUCUUCUUCUCCAUCUGCCACCACUUCUUCAUUCGAAACCAUUCACUCUUUCUUUGACAAUUCUACGGUAUCCAGUAGAGAUCCAGAGCAUGAUCAUCAUCCCCAUUCUCAAGGGUCCAAUGGCAAGACCCAAGGACCUCCAAAGAAUGCUACAUGUACCAGGGAAAAAAGCGUAUUGCAGGAUGAGAAUGUAAAAGUUGGUUUACUGUUCGCCUCCAAAGCAAUAUUACAGCUCCUGGUGAACCCAUUAGUAGGGCUGAUAACCAACAGGGUAGGAUAUGAUACGCCUCUCUUCUGUGGAUUUGUCAUCCUGUUCCUGUCUACUAUAAUGUUUGCCUUCUCUGGUUCUUACACAUUACUUUUCCUGGCAAGAUCACUGCAGGGAGUUGGAUCUUCAUUCUCUACUGUGGCAGGUCUGGGUAUGCUUGCAAAUGUGUACACUGAUGACUAUGAGAGAGGACAGGCAAUGGGUAUAGCGCUGGGAGGUCUAGCAUUGGGGGUUCUCACCGGGGCGCCAUUUGGUUCUCUCAUGUAUGAGUUUGUUGGAAAGUCUUCCCCAUUUGUGGUGCUUGCAGUUUUCGCUCUGCUGGAUGGUGCUCUCCAGCUUUUUUUUCUGAAGCCUUCAAAGUUUUCCCCAGGGAGCAUUGCGCCAACCUCGUACUUGACACUCCUCAAGGACCCUUAUAUCUUGGUUGCUGCUGGGGCUCUCUGGUUUGCAAACAUGGCGAUUGGAGUUAUGGAACCCACCUUGCCUAUUUGGAUGAUGGAAACCAUGUGUUCCCCGAACUGGCAACUAGGACUGGCUUUCUUGCCUGCUAGCAUUUCAUACCUACUAUGUACUAACCUGUUUGGGACGCUGUCACACAAGAUGGGAAGGUGGCUGUGCACACUUCUCGGUAUGAUUGUGGUUGGAAUAAGCCUUAUUUGUGUUCCGCUUGCUGUCAAUAUUUAUGGCCUCAUUGGUCCCAACGCCGGGAUUGGCAUUGCCCUUGGAAUGGUGGAUGCGUCUAUUAUGCCUAUAAUGGGACUCUUAGUAGAUCUGCGUCACACUUCUGUCUAUGGUGGCAUAUAUGCAAUAUCUGACAUUGCCCUGUGCAUGGGCUUUGCAGUGGGACCCUCAAGUGGAGGAGCCAUUGCAAAAGCCAUAGGAUUUCCCUGGUUAAUGGUCAUCGUUGGAGUUUUGAAUAUCCUCUAUGCACCUCUCUGCUUCUUUCUACGCAACCCACCAGCUAGAGAAGAAAAACUGGCUAUUCUGAACCAGGAAUGCUCCAUGCAGACAAGGACUUACAUGACUCAGAGUAGUGCUCCAGAUCUGCCACUUUCUGACCACAGCAGCGAUGAGGAAGACAGCGUUAUCCACAACAGAACCAGAAGGAUACCCCAUUGACCAAUUCUUCACCAAGAGUGGUAAUGGAGUGCACUUAGGAACCUGCAGACUGUUACUCUUCCAGCAGCAAACCUCACUGGUCAACACUGUGGGAAAACAAAUUGGGUUUCAGAACAACAUGUCAUGUUCUCAAGACUAAAAUGCUACCAUCACAGGGACCCUUCCCUCCCUGGCACCACCAAGACAGAAGCCUGCAAUGUAUCUCCAUCCACUCCUGCCUUGAUGACAGCCAGUAUACAUUUAGGGUUGAAUAUGCUACC